AUGCCCAAAUCGGCCGGUCAAGAGCUUAUCCCUUUCCUAGCGGAUUUCAAUCCGCAGGUGCGGCAGCUAGCUAUGUCGCACGUCGUUUCAUUCAGUGCGAAGGGCAGUGCAGAGCGACACCUUUUCACAGACACACUGCUGGACGAUGAUGGCAAGCCACUCCAGCGCCCCGAUGGCGAGCCACUGGACGUCAUCGACCAAAUCAAGCGUCUUUGCCGUGACCAGCCUGUAUGUAUUCAUCUUACGGUGCACGAUGCGUUCAGUGCGCUGAUCAACCUGUGCGACAAUGCGGCGAUGGCGCAGCGUAUUGGCGACGCCGAGUUCCUGGCAUUCUUGGUAUCGUACAUUGGUGAUUCUGUCUCCUUGUUGGCUGAUCUGGCGUGCAUGCUCCUUUCGAACCUGACGAAAUUUGACGCCAUCAGUGCUCGUCUGUUGGAAUUGGAGGUGGAAGACCGUCCGUUUUACUCGUUCUUAUCGCCCUUGGAUCUGCAAAUGUCUCUCAACGGUAUGGAUGCAGACCCAUCGGAACCCGACUAUGAAGAGAAGAAGAAAAAGGCCGAAGAAGCAACCAAGCGUAUCGCUGACUCUAUGCAUGCCGACGCGAAAGCCAAAUUGCCAGCGUUGGUCAAAUUGCUGCGUGCCUUUGAAGAGGGUGCGACAGUGGAAUCGAGCUCAGCGAGUGGUGCAAAUAUGCGCAACCGCAUUGAAGCCUCGAAGAAAGACACUGCGUCUGAUCAGCCUGUGCAAAUUGGCGCUGAUGGCCGUCCUCAAGUGAAGCGACGGGCCAACUGCAACUUCCUAGCGAGUGUGUUUGCGAAUGUCACUGUUCUGGCAAAGGGCCGUGAGUUUUUUGUGACGUCCAUGGAGGGGGCCGACGCUCAUGUCGCCGAUGCUUACCCCAUUGGCCGAAUUAUGGUAUACACGGAGCAUGCGGAUCUCAUUCGACGUGGCGGUGUGAUUAGUGCGCUGAAGAACAUUCUCUUCCUCAAGACAUCGCACAAGCUGUUACUGGCGCCGCCGCCUUCAGAGCCGCAUGAGGACCGUCCAGCGCUGGAUAUUUUACCGUACAUCCUCAUGCCACUCAUUGACGGCAAAGAGCUGGCGAAAGUCGACUUGGAAGACCAAGAAUCGCUGCCAGAGGCGUGUCAGUUAGUGGACGAAGACAAGCCACGGGAGAAAGACAGCGCCUUGCGUCUCAUGUUGAUCGAGUCUCUGUUGCUUUUGUGUACGUCGCACUAUGGUCGUGAAUGUCUGCGGAAGCGUGGCGCGUACAUUGUCGUGCGUGAAGCACACUUGGCCGAGCCGAAAGAACAAAUUACUGAAGCGAUUGUUCGUCUCGUUAACUUGCUACAGCGUGAAGAGUCAGAGUCGUCCAAGAACGAUACAGAGCCGAUGGAUGUGCAAGUGCCUGACGCUGACGAGCAAGGCGACGAAGCGGACGACGACCUGGUCGUAGAAGAAUUGUAG